GGGGUUGUAAGCUGUCAUGCGAAGGGAAUGUAUACUCCUUUACCAAGCUAUGGCUCGAAUGUAUACUCUUGUAUCAUCGAGGGAGUUGCAGAGCUUUGCGGGAGACGACGAGUGGGCUAGUACAGCAGUAGGGGUGUGCCGGUGUGUUGAGGAUUUUUUGCAGCAGAGUGCGUACCAUUUUGACGGUCUUGGCAUGCUGCUGCAGCUCCGCGCACGGGUGUUACCUCGAGGGCGUCACACCCCUGCCAUGCGAAGGGAAUGCAUACUCUUCCACCAAGCUGUGGCUCGCUCAUGGAACGAACAAGUGCAAUCCCUCGCACAUUCAUUGGCAUUGUUGAAUGUAGACUAAUACUGCUGCUUCCAUCAUACUUGCACGGGCUACUUUCGAGAGUGUCGACACCGAGUGUGACACCUCGGCCAGCAGCGCCGUGCAGACGUAGUUGGAGAGGGACUGCGCUUCUUCAUCAUCUACAGCAUCUGGUCAAAUGUUGCAAACAUAGUGUCCUCUCUACGGUACACACACGACGCGAUUCGUUUGUGCACGCCGCAGCAGCAGUACGUACCCUUUUUGCGAUCUUUGCUUACUGCUCAACUCCGCGCACGUGUGCUACUUCGAGGGCGUGCUACUUCGAGGGUGUAACACCCCGUGAGCUUAGGUACAUGUUCAGCAAUAUACUUGUAACAGUAUACACAUUGGUCUGUUCCUCUGGACAGAGGGCACCGAUUGUCCAGCAGCGCUG